AUGAACAAUGGGAAAGUUGUUGCAGUUAAAAAAUUAAAAUCAGGAAAUUCUAGCAAGAUAGAUGACGAAUUUGAAACUGAAGUAACACUUAUAAGUAAUGUUCAUCAUAGAAAUCUUCUUCGGCUUCUUGGUUGCUGCAGCAAAGGCCAAGAGAGAAUCCUUGUUUACGAAUACAUGGCGAACGCCAGCCUAGACAAAUUCUUAUUUGGAAAAAGAAAAGGUUCCCUCAACUGGAAACAAUGCUAUGAUAUAAUUUUGGGCACAGCAAGGGGAUUGACUUAUCUACAUGAGGAAUUUCAUGUGUCUAUCAUACACAGAGAUAUUAAGAGUAGCAAUAUCCUCUUGGAUGAACAACUUCAGCCAAAAAUUUCGGACUUUGGGUUGGCGAAACUCCUACCCGGGGACCAAUCUCAUCUUCGCACAAGAGUUGCAGGAACAAUGGGAUACACAGCACCUGAGUAUGUACUCCAUGGUCAAUUAUCAGCAAAGGUUGAUAUAUACAGCUAUGGAAUUGUAGUUUUAGAAAUCAUAAGUGGUCAAAAGAGUACUGAUAUGAAAGCUGUUGAUGAUGAUGGUGAUGAAGACUAUCUUCUUCGACGAGCAUGGAAGUUGUAUGAGAGAGGCAUGCUUUUGGAAUUAGUGGACCAAAGCUUAGACCCUAAUAACUAUGAUGCAGAAGAGGUGAAGAAAGUCAUAGGCAUUGCUUUGUUGUGCACUCAAGCAUCGGCUGCAAUGAGGCCAGCCAUGUCUGAAGUAGUAGUCCUACUCAGUAGCAAUGACUUACUUGAGCAUAUGAGACCUUUGAUGCCCAUCUUUAUUUGA